AUGAUAUCAAAAUCCGUACCGAGUUCAAAAGAUAUUUAUAAACCAAAGCUAUGGUAUUUUCCAUUAAUGACAUUUUUAAAUGAUCAAUAUCUACCAAUGGCUUCACGCUCCAAUUUGGACACUAACCACGAUGAGGUAAGAAAAUACAACUUCAAUAAUAAUAAAUUAUAAUAUAAUUAAAAUAAUAAACUUAAUGUAAUAACAAUUACCUACAAAAUAUAUACAUAAUGAGUAGUGCUUAUAAAGUUUUCGUUAUUCAAAUAAAAUAGUUUUGCUUAUAGUUCAUAAAUUCUUCUCUGAUCAUUUUUGGCGUUUGGCUUUGUUUCCUAGAUUUCUUGCAUCUAUUGGUUCCAUGGUAGAAUUGUAUCUUUCUAAGGUGGUUUCAUUAUCUAUUUUUUCACGAUUUUUUUGAUUAAGUUAUGUAACACACAAGAUAUUAUGACAAUAAACUCAAUUUGUUUGUAUGUACAAUGUACAUUAAUGGUUGUGCGCAAAAUUCUAAACCGCGUAACCAAAACUCCAAAAGCAUUUUCUACGAUUCUCCUAGUUUUUGAAACGCGAUAGUUGUAUAUUUUUUCUCAGAAGACGUUAAAUCGGCUUAUCUGAACGGUUUUUUAUUAUGUUUGAUCAUAAUGGAAAUGCGUCAUCGGCAACAAAAAUGUAAGAUAAAUGUCUUGAAUUAUUUUGCAACAAUUUCUUCAGCUGAAAUGAUUAGCUCGUUAUUUUGUAGCAUUUGAAAAAAUAUUUUUUUUUUGUAAUACCCCUCCAUCCGAAACUCGUCCGUUUAUUCCAAAUAACACAAAAUGAACUGAUAUUGUGCGUAAACUAUAGCCAUUAAAACCAUGCUGUGAUGUUUUUUAUAUGCAGAGUACUCCGAUCCAUUUUCAAUUGGUGCAAUUAUAGCCACAUAUUUUCCAUCUAUUGCUCCAAGUAAAAGAGAAAAAUUCCAUUUUUCUUCGAAUAAUCACGGUAUAUUUUUCUAUUCACUGACUGUUUGUGGAAACUAAAAUAAAAAAAAUACUGUUUCAGAUUAACAUCAACGAAUUAUCGGAUACAGCAAUGGAAUUAAAUGAAGACCCGCGUCCUGAAGAUUUACUAAUGCCUACUCCGACAAGUACUACUUCUACAGACACUACUUUUACUAAAUCUCAAUCUACAAGAUCAUUAAAAAUAAACUCUGAAGUGUAUCUAAUAAAAGAUGAUUUGUUAUCCGUUCAGAAUCACUUGAAACGUCCAGCAUCUCAAGAUGAUCGAUAUGACAUUUUCGGUAAAGGGGUAGCAUUGAAACUUCGAGACUUGAAUAAAACACAAAGAUUAUUGGCUGAAAAAAUGAUCAACGAAGCUUUGUUCGAAGCUGAAAUGGGUAACUUAACAAUGUUACAUAAGGUGAUGACUCCAACAUUAACGUGA